AUGUCGCACGUGUGGCUAUUGAACAUGAAGACCGUGGAAGCAAAGAAAGCGCUGACAGACGCAGGCAUUCUUAAAGUUAAAGACCGGGCAUGUCUCGUCAUUGACCCGACGCGGCAAGAGGUUAAAAUGAAAUUGCACUGGCUAGCGUUCGAUGUUACAAAAGACGCUAUUCGACGUGCCUUCUAUGAAUACGGCGACGUCAAGGAGGUGACCGAUGACCGAUGGAGAGUCGAGGAUUUUGAAGGAGUUGAAUCGACCACUCGUGUAAUACGCAUGCAACUACGAGAUGGCGUUUCUGUGGAUCAACUGCCCCAUCAGGUGCGUAUUGGCAGCAGUACGGCACUGGUCGUGGUGCCGGGAAGACCGCCUUUGUGCUUGCGGUGCCGAAGUACGGGGCAUAUGCGACGCGAUUGUAAGGUCCCAAGGUGCAGCGAAUGCCACUCUUUCGGUCAUGAGCAGGACGAGUGUAACCGUUCAUACUUGAUGAACAGUGUGUAA